GAUACUGGUCGGCAAACAAAGAAUAAAUCUGGAAAAUUGGUCGGCGGUGAUAGAUACUGCGUAUAAAUCAGUGGUGCUUCCUAUGAAGCUUGCAAAAGAUAUCAACGGGUUACUCGGCCAAACGGGCACCAUCGAUGCUUUUUCAACUAUGGAUUGUGAAAGAGACGAAGGUUGGCCUGAAAUCACAUUUGUUUUGGGAGUCAAGCCGUUUGUUCUCAAGCAUGAUCAGUAUUUGGCUAAGUUUAUUCAAAAUGGGAUGGAGUGCUGCGUAAGCAUAUUUUCAACUGUACUCCCAAUUGAAUCCCAAUCUAUUAUACUCGGACUAGCGUUUAUUUCAAAAUUUGACACCGUGUUUGACUUGGAAUCAAUGGAGGUUGGCUUUGCAGUACCGGAGAU